ACGAGUUUAUGUAGAUUCUAGAUCAGAUGGUGCUUUGGAAUUUUUAUAAAUGUUGUAUUAUUCUAAAAGUGUCGCAAAAUGCUUUUGAAAUUUUUGAUGCCAUGAUUACGACGUCCUAUUAAAUAAUUGUACGUUCUUAAUAUGACAUCAUUGGUAGGAUACAGAUUUUUUAUAAAAUUAUGCGGAAGUAAUUUUUCAUCGCGAAUUAUUACUGCAAGAUUCGGCAGUGUUGCUGUCGAGGAAAAUGCGAAGAAUAUCAUACCGGCUUCGCAGCCGGGAAAAAUUCAAGCUGCAUUGUUGAAAGAUUUUUCCAGCCCUCUUGUUAUAGAGAAUCUGGAACCACCAAAGAAUGUACAGGCAAAUGAAGUUCUCAUUGAUGUUCAUUAUUGCGCUUUAAACAGUUCUGAUGCACUACUCAGUAAAAAUUUGUAUACAUUUGAACCAAAAUUGCCAACAAUUCUCGGUUAUGAAGUUGUUGGAAAAUUGAUUGAAGUUGGUGUAGAAGCAGAGAAGAAUGGUUACAAAAUUGGUGAUAAAGUCAUUGCUCUUAAUAAGGAAAGAUAUGGAGGUUUGGCUGAGAAAUGUUUGGCAGAAGUUGGGGAUAUAUGGAAAGUACCAUCAAUGAUAAAUUCUAUAGAUGCUGCAAGCAUUUUAGACAGCUAUAUUACUGCUCUAGUUGCACUAGAAAGAAAAGUCAAUAUAGAUGAGAAUGACAUGAUCUUAGUAAAUGUUGGUAUAAGUAGUAUUGGCCUGGCAGCAAUAGAUCUUGCAACAAAUGUCUAUAGAGCCAAGGUCAUUGGAGUAUGUGCAACUGAAGAUGGAGCAGAUCUGGCUCGGAAGAAAGGAGCAUUUGCAUCCCUUAAAUACAAAGAUAAGAAAUUAUUAAAGCAAAUAGAGAACAUCGCCGCCGAACGAGAUAUCAAAGCUAUCUUUGAGAAUGUAGAUGGAGAAUACUUCAAGAAAAUGUUGGAUUGCUUUACCGGUGUCUACAAAGAUGCAACACUAAAGGAUUUGCUGCGCGAUGACAAUUUCGCUGUGGUGGUGCAUCAUUUGUCUCGCGAAGGGCGCAUAAUCAUAGCUGGCACAGCGACAACCGUGACGAAUGCUUAUUCCGAGGUGCAAAAAGGUUCCUUCAGCAUCACCGGUUUUAACCUCAUAGAAUACAGAAAAAGAAAACCUGACGUAUAUCGUCAAGCAGGAGACGAGGUUUUACAAUUCCUUGAAGAAGGACUUAUUGGGCCAUCUUGCUCAUUGAUUGUUGGCUUGCAUAAAAUCAAUGAUGCUUUGCAGUUUGUUUCCGAAAGUAAAUCUUUGGGAAAAGUUGUAAUCGACAUCAGGAACAAGAAAGCUGAUGCAGUAAAAGUUAAGAAAUAAAUAAAUUUAUUAAUGCACAGUAAUAUGUAUUUUAUACAUUAUAGGAUAAAUGUUAUAUAAAUAGAAAAUGUUAAUAUGAUUAAUAAAGUCGCGUUAAUAAAA